CGUAGCGUUGUUGUGCCUUUCACCACACCUAAGGAGGUUAGUGUCAGACGAACGAAGCCAACAUCGUCCCGACCAUGCACAGUUCAUACCGAUGAUUCGCCAAGUGUCACCGGGCCAUGACGACGACCUCCUCCGGCAAAUAUUUUUAUUCAUCCAACGGCACAGAGGUGAAACUUCAUUCGGUGAUCUAGUCCUUGGUGAAAGUGGCUUACGGUGAAACUCUCUCUUGAUUUGGCGGAAACUGGCAACUGCCAGCCAUCCCUACAUGGCACCCGAAGCCAGAAAGUUAUAAGAGAGAGUCGCAGGAAAGUUCCUUCAGUGACCGUUGCUCUUGGGUGGUUGCAAGUUCAAAGACUUAUCUGUUCUUUGUCGCUAGCAUCGUUCUCCAAGAUGAAACUGGGCUUCGUGACGUUGGCCCUCUGCUUUAUGCUUGGUCUCACAGCGGUCCGAGCUAGCCCCGCCGGGGGGGGAGGGGGGGAAUCCGGUCACGAAGAGGAAGGCCCCAUCUACGUCAGGCAAGAGAAGCUCGGGGGGCUCUUCCUACGGGGACUCGGACUGCAGAAGUUCUUCGGAAUGUUCAACCUGCACGGAUUCGGCGGGUACGCGGGCAAAGGCUACGAGAGAGGUUUCCCUUACGGGAAACCCUUCGGGCACGGACCGCGCAUCCCUCACGUGCCAGAGAUCUACAAUUACGGCCCUCUCAUCCCACUCGAACUCAUCCCUGAGAAGGAAAAGGUCGCCAAGAGACCCAAAAAGCCUCUAGGACCUGUUCAGUGGGUGGGAGGCCUUAGUCCCUUUGAGAGAGGACACGGUCCUUCUGCGGGAGGACACGGUCUUCCUGCGGGAGAACACCGGCGUUCUGGACACCGUCCUUCUGCGGGAGGACACCGUCCUUCUGCAGGAGGAUACCGUCCUUUUGCGUGAGGACACCGUCCUUCGGGAGGAGGGCGUGGAGAUUCAGAGGGAGGCCAUGGAUAAGGAAGGUCGUUAUAUUAUUUAUUUAAAUAAUAACUAAUUCUAUGAAACUGAACUUACUGUGUAAGUGUUCCUAUUUUUGUAAGAAUGUUGAAAAUACAUUUCCUUACUAUACAACUUUAUAUUGACAAAUAUACCACAAUAAUGAUCGCGAAUUUCACUUGUUACCACUAUAAUUGUGAUUUUAUAUAUACAUACAUAUAUAUUUGUAUAUAUAGACAUUAAUGAAAUUACCUUGAAUUUAAUAUUUUAUUCAUAAAUUUUGCCAAUA